AAAAAUAAGGGGCGAGAAUAAGAGAGUAGGUGGGAGAAAAGGAAGGUGGGGGAGUUCGCCGAGUCUUGAAGUAUCAUCGUGCAUGCAUUUUUAUUGUCAAGUACCAAACUCUUUCUCUCACCUCCGGUAGACUGUUACUUUGCAUGCACAUGUUUCUGUUUUAUCUUCUCUCGUUCGCUGAUUUCUCUCUCCGGUAGCCGGAAACCGUCUCCUAUACGGAUCCAGGUACUCCACGGGCUUGAUUUUCCAAGAAUUUCUUUGAUCAAAAGCUCAGUAGUUGAAGGUCAAAGGUAACUGAUGCGAAGAAAUCGAACAUGGCGCCGUCUCUGUAUAAUAGUUAUGGAAAUUGCUGAAGUUGCCUUUCGUAUUGUUUGAGAGAUUGUGAUGAGAGAAUUGAUAUUGAGAUGGAGUCGAAGACUUGCAUGAAUGCAUUAUGCGGAGCCUCGACGUCGAGCGGGUGGAGAAAAGGUUGGCCUUUGCGAUCUGGCGUAUUCGCCAAUCUCUGUGAUAAGUGCGGGUCUGCAUACGAGCUGUCAAUUUUUUGUGACAUGUUCCACUCAAAGGAUUCUGGUUGGAGGGAGUGCGCUUCGUGUGGCAAGCGUCUUCAUUGUGGAUGUAUUGCUUCCAUAUUUCUGCUUGAGCUACUUGAUCAUGGUGGCGGUGUAAACUGCAUGAGCUGUACUAAAAGUUCAGGGGUUAACUCUGUGAUGGGGGAUGAAAAAACUAAUGGAUUUAGCACGUCAAAAGUUGAUGAUAUUUGUGAACAGUUUGCUGACCAGUUGGAUGGAGAAAGGAAGCUUAUGCAGUUCGGCCGCAUUACUGAGGGUAUUGGCACGAGACACUUGCUCCAAUUACAGAAUGAGGAGACAAGUGGGUCUUUUUGGCAAGUGAAACAGGACGAUAAUGCACCUCCCAUGGGAGAAAUUGGAAGUACAAGUUUCUCAAACUUUAACCGAGCAUCAAAUGGAGCAAAACCAGAGAUUCAUAAAACAACUAUUGCGACAAAAGAAUUAUAUGAAUCACUGGCACAAACAAACUUGAGCAUUACCCUAGGCUCACCUUUAGGGAAUCCAAAUCCCUUUCCUGCUGCUGUUGUUGAUGAAAGGGUUCAAAAUAAGGCAUUGUCUCCACUCCAACAGGGGCCCAGGUCUCGCCAUCUAUUGCCCAAGCCUCCAAAGUCAGCCCUUGCUACAGGUUUAGAGUCCAAUGCAGGCAUGGUUUCACAGAUACGUGUUGCUAGGCCACCUGCUGAAGGGCGGGGACGGAAUCAGUUGCUUCCUCGUUAUUGGCCAAGGAUUACAGACCAAGAGUUGCAGCAAAUAUCUGCAGAUUCAAAUUCCACAAUUGUGCCGUUGUUUGAAAAGGUUCUCAGUGCAAGUGAUGCUGGUCGCAUUGGUCGUUUAGUUCUCCCUAAAGCGUGUGCUGAAGCUUAUUUUCCUCCUAUCUCACAACCAGAGGGCCUUCCUCUAAGGAUUCAAGAUGUGAAGGGGAAAGAGUGGGUGUUUCAGUUCAGAUUUUGGCCUAAUAAUAACAGCAGAAUGUACGUUUUGGAGGGUGUAACCCCCUGCAUACAGUCCAUGCAGUUGCAAGCUGGAGAUACUGUAACAUUUAGCCGUAUGGAUCCAGAAGGAAAACUUGUUAUGGGCUUCAGGAAAGCAUCAAACAAUAUGGCAAUGCAGGAUAUACCAUCUGCCAUUCCUAAUGGUGUUCAUUCAAGUGAAAGUUUCUUUUCGGGUGUUUUUGAGAACCUACCUAUAGUAAGUGGUUACUCUGGCCUUCUUCAGUCAAUAAAGGGGAGCACCGAUACACAUUUAAGUGCACUGUCCAAACAUUUGCAUUCAGCUAAUGGUGAUAUUAACUGGCAUAAAUCUGAGAAGCAUGAGGAAAGGACGAGGGAGAGCUUGCUGUUACCAUCAUUGCUGGUUCCUGAGAGAAAAAGAACAAGAAAUAUUGGGUCUAAAAGUAAGAGGCUUUUAAUUGAUAGCCUAGAUGCUCUGGAGCUCAAACUCACAUGGGACGAGGCACAAGAUUUGCUCCGCCCACCAUCAAGUGUCAAGCCUAGCAUCAUCACUAUUGAGGAUCAUGAUUUUGAAGAAUAUGAAGAACCUCCAGUUUUUGGGAAGAGAACCAUCUUUGCAGUUCGUUCAACUGGGGGACAAGAGCAAUGGGCUCAGUGUGAUAGCUGCUGUAAGUGGCGAAGGCUGCCGGUUGAUAUUCUUCUUCCACCUAAGUGGACUUGUGUGGACAAUGCUUGGGAUCAAAGCAGGUGUUCGUGUUCAGCUCCAGAAGAAUUGACCCCAAGGGAAUUGGAAAAUCUUCUCAGACUCAGUAACGAUUUCAAGAAAAGGAGAAUGACAAGUAUUAAUAGGCCAUCCCAAGAAAACGAGCCCUCUGACCUGGAUGCUUUAGCUAAUGCUGCAAUCCUUGGAGAUGAGGGUGAUCCAGGCACUACAGCAGUUGCUACCACAACCAAACACCCCAGGCACCGUCCUGGUUGCUCUUGCAUUGUGUGCAUUCAGCCCCCAAGUGGUAAGGGCAAGCACAAACCUACCUGCACAUGUAAUGUCUGCAUGACAGUUAAGCGUCGUUUUAAGACCAUGAUGAUGCGCAAGAAGAAGCGUCAAUCAGAGCGUGAAGCAGAGAUUGCCCAGAGGAAUCAGCAUGUGUCAGGUCCCAGAGAUGAAGCAGAAGUGGAGAGCAGCUCUAAGCAUGUGUCAACUCCCCAGGAUCCUUCAGAGAAUGAGGCUAGGUCAGCGAAUGAGUUUGAGUCCAAAAGUCAAAGCAACAAUCUUUCAAACAAAAUGGUUGACACUGGGAAAGGACACAUAGACUUAAAUUGUGAUCCUGAUCGUGAAGAAGAAUCACAAGUGGGGUUAAACCAUAUGAGCAUGAUGAGUCUUCUUCAAGUAGCAAGCCUUCCAUUGGACACAUAUCUGAAGCAGAACGGUCUUACAAGCUUGGUAUCUGAGCGACAAGGAAGUUCAGCAUCACAUGUGCCACCUCAACCGGGAGAGAGUGAAGGACAACUUCCUGAGGAUUGUCAAUUUGGUACAGUUGUCCAAGAGCAGGAGAAGCAGGAGAGUGCAGGUGAAGAGAACUAUGGACCUGGACCAAAGCAAAGCCAAAAUGACCCUGUAUGAGGUUUUAUUUUGUCUUCUUUUCGUUGUUUUUGUACAAUUACAAGUUUCUGGGUCUUCUUCCAGUGGGAUGGGCAACAUUUUUGUUUCUUUUUAGUUUGAGGGUGCAUGUCUUUAUUCAUUAUAUAAUGUGUAUAAUACUGCAUGAUUUUUUUUUUUUUAAUAAUCUAGGUUCUAGAGGGGGAAUUCAUGUGAGUACUUUUGAGUUGCUAGGUAUGAUCAUACGUAAGAAAUAUUUGAAGUAUAGAGAACACUGAACCAGUAGUUGGCAAUGUUUCAUGUGAUGUAUAUAUAACUAUAGUACUGCUCAGCUACUUGAACUCAAGUUUAGGCAUUA